GAAGAGUGAGUCACACACUCACUUACUUCAACUCUCUCAACUCAUAAUUGUCUUACACUCUUGUGUUUCUACCCAAGACUGGAAACUAAAAAUAAUUGAAGCAGCCGAAACAGGCGGAGGUUCUCGCCGGCCGACGACGUCGUUUUGCUCCGGUUUUACUGUCUUGAAAAUGCGAGUGAAUGCAGGGGAACGAGUAGAUGUUUAAUUCAGAAAAGGUGCAGCUGUUCUAGAUUUGGAAUCGUAAUAAUAUUUGUGGAAGCUUAAAUGUCUUGCAGCAGAGUGCUUUUAACAUACAAGCGAAAGCGGCACGCAAGAAAUGAUCAUCUACAGGAAGAUGGGGGUCUUAAUUCACCUUCUGAGGCUAACAAGGGUACUUGCUUAUCUAAGCCGGACAUGCAAGUGCAUUUGAUUGAUGAGAAUGCAUCAGAAGAUUAUGAAACAAAGACUGCGGUGUGCCGUCUUUGUGUUGUGUGCUGUGUCGGGGGUAACCUGAUGCACUGUGAUAAAUGUCUUCAGUCUUAUCAUCUUGAAUGCCUAGAUAAGCGCCUCAAGCAUGCUGGUCAUGGAAAAGUGCUAAGCUGUGGGUGUAUUGCGGCUGCAUUGGGUGAUGAUGGUAAUGUGGGAAAGCGGUCAGUUACCCAAAAGGGGAAUGUCACUGAUAUGAUCACUGAUUCUGUUGGAUACACACUGCCAUUGUCAUCACAUGGAAGAGGAAAUAGCUUAGAUGAUAGUUCAUUAAGGUUGAGCUCAUCGAAGUUGGAAGAGAUUGAUUCAUUUGCUGAAGUUAAGUUAGAGAACUCAUGUGAUGAUUUGUUUGAACAAACCAAGUGGAAAACCCCAUUACGUACUUUCCACCGCCGGAGAUAUAAAAGAAAAAUAGAUAUGGAUGAGUAUGACACACAAAGCAAUUCACUGAACGUGGAAAAUAACUGUUCAGUGAUAACCAAAUCAAACAAGUCUGCAUGUGCCAAAACCACUUCAUAUGAAGCAACUUCCAUUGAAAGCUUCUCACUAGAUCCUGGAGCAGAUCCAAAUCCCUACAAAGAGGUUAUCGAUAUUACAUGUUCUCAUGCUGGAUCAUGUACUGGGUCUGAAAUUUUGAUGCAUACGGAGAGGGCAAUAAAUGAAGAAGCUUUACAACAAGCAGGAAAGGUUCCUGACCAGAGUGCUCGAACUUUGAUGGAUGUCAAAGAAGAGUCUGUGGAUCAUUUAGGAACCUCAUUAAGUUGUAUGAAAGACUCCUCUUCUGGAACUGUACCUUUGUGUACACAUACACAACUGGUAAAAGAGGAACCUCAAGUUUUUUCAAGUGAUGAUGAUCGUAAAUCAGCAGCAACCUCUCAUUCGGGCAGAACCCUUCCUAAUUUGAACCUGUCUGUUAUCAGCACCGAUUCAAACAGUUGUACUUUGGACUUGAAUGCUGACUUAAAUUUGAGUCCUCAAGAGCAACCUGUUCUUGCUGCACCAAAAAGUACUCUGGACUCGUUUGAUUGUACCAGGACAAGUCCUGCCCCUGCCUUAGAUGAACCACCUCCUCCAGAAAUGGUGGCUGUCAAAAUUGAGAGGAUAGAACCUAAUACUUCUCUGUUACACAAUGAUGUAUUUGAUUCUUCAGAAAUUGGUGUCAGCUGCAGAAAUUAUGAUCAAGUUACUCCUAGCUUUGAUUCAAAGCAAAAAUGUCUGCAGUUAUUUUCAGAAGAAAAAAACAGCGACAUUUUCCACCCUGUUAUUAUCCAGCCGGAGGUGACUGCUUGUAUGGCCUCAGAGGAGAUAAAAAUGCCUCAUCUGGGAAGCAACAAUAAUCAAUUUAAACAAGGAUCUCUACUCAAUCUAGGUCUAUCCUUACCAACUAAACCUUCAACUGCAGGAUAUGCAACCAACACCUGUUUCAAUACAUUUCCUUUCUUCGACUCCUUCACCGGAACCAGAGACUUUAUCAAUGAUGCAGGUCUCCAAUCUUCGUCAAGCCAUUUAUCAUCAGUUUUAAGACACAAGAUGAUGCAUGAUAGCAUUGCAAGCCAAGCAGGAGCUUUGAAUGCAAUGGGCAGUUUUGAUGACAUAUCUCAGCCAUAUAAUACCAUGUGGUCUGAAGAGGAGUUGGAUUUUCUAUGGAUAGGUGUGAGGAGAUAUGGACGGGACAACUGGAAUGCUAUGUUAAUGGAUCCGAGAUUGCACUUCUCAUCAUGGAGGGUGGCAAGGGACUUAGCUAUGCGGUGGAAAGAGGAACAGUCAAAACUUUUGAGUAGCAUGUGUGGCUCACAAGUCAAGUAUACAAGAGCACAAGGCAGUUCUUUCUACCAGAACAACUUCUUGCGUCCCCGAACAGGCUUCAGCUGGCAAAAAUACUUAGCAGGAGGUAAUGUCUCGAGGAGGCCACAGUCCAAAUCGACUUAUGUUUGCAACGAUGGCCAGGAAGUCCUCCACAUGCCACUUGGUAAACCAAAGAGGGUAUCUCGUCGAAGGGGCAAAUAUAAUGAGGACGAAUUUCAUAGUAUAAGCAGAAGUCGGGGUAUGCUAAGGGGCAAGCUGUUAUCAACUGAACUUCCCUCAACUUGCAGUAUUGGAGUGAAUGGUAAUAUGCCCCAGUGGCUCCAAGAAGCUGUUAUUGCUUCUCCUUCAAGUCUUGGGGCUUCAAUUCUACCCUCAACUUCUUCAUCUUUUGCAUUUGCGCAUUCUAAUACGUCGAAUGUCCCCCUCUCUGCUUGGGAUCCAACCGAAUCACAUUGUGAAGAAAGGACAGAGAUGCAGUAUACAUUGGGUGGUUCAAGAGAAUAUGACCUACAGCCAUUAGCAAGUAAUGCUCCGCGUCUCAGUGCAGGAUUAGGACCUGAGAUCGCUAAACUGAAAACAGAUUCUUCUCGUGACGGCGUUGAACAAGAAAACUUGAUUGUUAUUGAUACUGAUGCUUCUUCUGAAGGGACUAUAUCCGAUUAGAUUUGUUCUAGUCCUAGGUUGUAGUAGCUAGACUGAAGCCUAGGUUGUAGUAGCUAGACUGAAGUUGUUUUUGUUGUAGAGAAGUAUUGUGCUUUAUUAAUUUGCAAGUCAAAUAAUUUGUAAUUAGUAAUGCAAACGGAUGUAUUUGAACUUUGUAUGAUCUUCUUGUUGAGUCAUCUAUUAUGUAG